AUGGGAAAUUCUGCUAAUCAAGACUGCAAUGAAACAACGAUGAGCAAACUCGGUGACAUAAUGAAGAGAAUUAGUCCUUUUGCUGCUGCCUUCAAGGUGAUGCAUGAAGUGGAACAAGAAGAAAUUGAUCGAGCUAAGAAAGAGAAACGAGCACCGCCUCCACUUCGGAUGAUUUUUGACAUUAAUCAUCGAAUUCACGAUCAGCGACGGUACAAUCUUCCAACAGCGAAUGAAGUUGCUGCAGUUUUCGUAGGUGAAGAUAGUGAAGUUCUAGCAUAUCGACAUAUUGCGAUUCAUCCACGUGGCCAACAUCUUCAAACGAUUUCAAUCUUACAUCCUCACUGUGAUCCAAUGAUUUAUCCUCUUUUAUUUCCUCGCAGAGAUGAGGGAUGGCACCCAGAAUUGGAAAAAAUCGAUCGAUCACGAAAUCGAAAAAGAGUAUCAAUGCUUCAAUUUUAUAGUUAUCGAUUGGCUAUUCGUCAAACGUUCAGUGCUAUGCACUAUGCAGGAAAAUUAUUCUAG